UUUUCAAAAACGUUUUAAAGUAAUGGUAAGGAACUCCUAUAUAAGAAGUAGCAGCUCUACAAUCUUGGUAUCCACAAAAUACACAACUACUUUCCAUAAAUUCUCUUCAAUGGCAAAUGAAAUGAUAGCCACACAACCCAUCCCAAGAUUGGCAGGGAAGGUAGCAAUUAUUACAGGUGGAGCUAGAGGUAUAGGUGAGGCCAUUGCAAGACUGUUCGUUAAACAUGGAGCCAAAGUGGUGAUUGCGGACAUCUUGGAUGAUUUGGGUCAAAAAGUUUGUGAGAAUAUCGGCCAUGAAACGGCUUCUUUUGUGCACUGUGAUGUGUGCAUUGAAUCAGAUAUGGAAAAGGUUGUGAACUUCACCAUGGACAAAUAUGGUAAACUAGAUAUUAUGAUAAAUAAUGCUGCCAUUGCAGGUGCCCUAAAGUUUAGUAUCCUUGAUAACCAAGUAGCCGAUUUUGAACGAGUGAUGAGUGUCAAUGUAACCGGUGUGUUCUUGGGGACCAAACACGCUGCUCGUGUGAUGAUUCCGGCUCAUGGUGGGAGCAUAGUUACGAUUGGAAGUAUAGCUUCUAGUGUUGGAGGUAACACUUCUCAUGCAUAUGCUAGUUCCAAACAUGCUAUUGUUGGACUCACUAAGAAUGUUGCUGCUGAGCUUGGAGAGUUCGGGAUUCGUGUCAACUGCGUGUCGCCGCACUUGGUCGUUACACCGGCGACAGUGCCUAUUAUCGAGAAAUAUCCGGAUUUGUAUACGGAUGUGUACUCGAAUUUAAAAGGCGCCGUGCUUCGUGAAGAAGAUGUGGCAGAGGCGACCCUUUUUCUAGCUGGUGAUGAAUCUAAGUAUAUAAGUGGGCAUAACCUGGCUUUGGAUGGAGGGUUUAGUGUGAUCAAUCCAUCGUUUGGUCUUUUUUCGUCACGAUUUAGGGGCACUUAGGUCCGAGCUUGCUAGCUAAUUAAUCCAUGUAUUUGAAAAUACCUUGGAAGUGUAUGGUUGUUUUGAAUAAUGGGUGUGUUCUAGAUCUAUGUAAUAAAGUCCAACGAAUUGUUAUAAUAGGCAUUUACUAUAUAUUGAUAUAGAUAUAGAUUAUAGA